AUGCAUAAGGGUGAAAUGGCGAAGCCACUUGAGGCUACGUCGACCCGCAUCGUAGGCGGUAUCUGGUGGUUUUUCACCCUCAUUAUAAUAUCAUCGUACACGGCGAAUUUGGCCGCUUUCCUUACAGUGGAACGGAUGAUUACCCCCAUAGAGAGCGCCCAGGACUUGGCCGAACAAACGGAAAUCGCUUAUGGAACUCUGGAAGGCGGCAGCACUAUGACAUUUUUCAGGGAUUCUAAAAUUGGAAUAUAUCAAAAGAUGUGGAGAUUCAUGGAAAAUAGAAACCCGCCAGCCUUUGUAAAAUCUUACGAGGAUGGAGUACAGAGAGUGUUAGAAGGUGACUACGCCUUUCUAAUGGAAUCAACAAUGUUAGAUUAUGCAGUUCAAAGGGACUGCAACCUAACUCAAAUUGGAGGUUUGUUGGAUUCGAAAGGAUAUGGUAUUGCUACACCAAAGGGAAGUCCUUGGAGGGACAAAAUAUCGCUAGCUAUUCUCGAACUUCAAGAGAAAGGCGUCAUACAAAUUUUGUAUGAUAAAUGGUGGAAGAAUACGGUGAUGUGUGCACUCGCGAUGAUAAAAGUAAAGAAUCGAAAGCUAAUGCCUUAG